AUAGGCACCACUGAAGGAUGUGGACACUUCCCAUUUCGUUUUCUUUUUCUCACCUCAGACAGAUGCAGAGUUCAGUGCUACGAGUACCCCAGCUGCCCUGAUGUUGUGAAACCCAAGUGCUAUCAGGCAUGCUCUGAAGCUCCCAGAGAGGAGGUUGCAUACGUGACAUGUACUUACAGAGAAACAGGCAUUGACCAACCUGACUUCCUGGCCACCAUUGAUCUCAACCCCAGAUCUCCAUAUUACUGCCAGGUGAUCCACCGCCUGCCCAUGCCCAACCUCAAGGACGAGCUGCACUGCUCUGGAUGGAGUGCUGGCAGCACUGGCAGCAUCUGCUUUGACAAUAUCACAACGAAAAAGAACAAGCUGAUCCUCCCUGGUCUGAUUUCUUCCCGUAUUUAUGUGGUGGAUGUGGGCACGCAGUGCCGGGCUCCCACAGUGUGUAAGAUGAUCGAGCCAGUGGAUGUCUUCUGGAAGUGCAACAAGGGCCACCUUAGUGUAGUUCACAGUCUGCCCAACGGUGACAUUCUGAUCGCCAACAUGGGGGAUGCAGCUGGACGUGGGAAAGGUGGAUUUAUUGUGCUGGAUGGAGAGACCUUUGAGCUGAAGGGCAACUGGGAACACGAGUGCGAGGUUCCCCCAACAGGCUAUGACUUCUGGUACCAGCCACGCCACAACGUUCUCAUCAGCACCGCCGGGAUGGUGCCAAGAAUUGCGGGACGUGGAUUUAACCCGGAUGAUCUGAAGAAAGGGGUCUUCGGGCGCCGCCUGAACGUGUGGAAUCUGUCCUGCCGUACCCUGACGCAGUGCUUUGACCUGGGGGAGGACUCGUUGCCCCUGAGCGUGAAGUUCCUGCACAACCCCGAUGCUGCCGAGGGCUACGUCAGCUGUGCCCUGAGCGGCAUCAUCUACCGCUUCUACAAGUGCGAGAGGGACAGCUGGGCAGUGGAGGAGGCCAUCCAGAUACCAGCCAAGGACGUGUCGGGAUGGAUUCUGCCCAAGAUGCCAGCCUUCCCCAGCGACCUGGUCAUUUCCCUGGACGACAAGUACCUGUACGUCUGCAACUGGCUGCACGGAGACAUCCGCCAGUACGAGAUCUCCAGGACCUGCAAGCCCCGGCUGGUGGGACAGGUGUUCGUGGGAGGCAGCAUCCUGCGAGGCGGGCCCGUGACGGUGUGCAGAGAUGAAGAGCUGAAGUGCCAGCCGGAGCCCUUGGUGAUCAAGUGCAAGAGGGUGUACGGCGGCCCUGCCAAGAUCCAGCUCAGCGUGGAUGGCAAGAGGCUGUACGUCACCAACUCCUUCUACAGCACUUGGGACAAGCAGUUCUACCCGAACGUGGUCAAGGAAGGCUCUGUCAUGCUGCAGAUCGAUGUGGAC